CCUUUCAUUCAGCCUCCAUCUCCCUGAAAACCCUUCCGUUUGCUGCGUUCCGUCGUCAGUCGGUGGGAGCGAUGGUGUCGUUGAAGCUCCAGAAGCGGCUCGCCGCCAGCGUGCUCGAUUGCGGCAAGAAGAAGGUCUGGCUCGAUCCUAAUGAAGUCAAUGAAAUCUCCAUGGCCAACUCCAGGCAGAACAUCCGGAAGCUGGUUAAAGAUGGUUACGUCAUCAGGAAGCCAACGAAGAUCCACUCGAGGUCUCGUGCGAGGAGGAUGAAGGAGGCCAAGAGAAAGGGUCGCCACUCUGGAUAUGGUAAGAGAAAGGGUACCCGCGAGGCGAGGCUGCCAACCAAUAUCCUGUGGAUGAGGAGGAUGCGUGUCCUGAGACGACUUCUGAGGAAGUACCGCGAGGCCAAGAAGAUUGACAAGCACAUGUACCACGACAUGUACAUGAAGGUGAAGGGUAAUGUGUUCAAGAACAAGCGUGUGCUGAUGGAGAGCAUCCACAAGUCGAAGGCCGAGAAGGCUAGAGAGAAGACACUGUCUGAUCAGUUCGAGGCUAAGCGUGCUAAGAACAAGGCCAGCAGGGAGAGGAAGCUUGCCAGAAGGGAAGAGCGCUUUGCACAAGUAAGAAGAUGACAUUUUUUUGCAAUGCCUGGCUUCUGCAUUCGUAACUUGUGCGAAUGACCGAUCACAACUGCGAUUCGUUUGUGGAAUUUCAGGGACCUGGGAUGAAGGCAGAACCCACGCCUGCACCUCUGCCUACAGAGGGAGUAGUCAAGAAAUCCAAGAAGUGAACUUUUCUAUCAGAGAGGCCAUUAGUUAGCUGACGUUUCAUCCCGUGUUUAUUCUUUUGUGGUGAAUGAUCUUCCUUCCAACUCCAAUACAAUAUGAAGUUUUGGUAUCAUCUUGUCCUCUGUGUUUGAUCUUCAAUGUGUGUUAGUGUCGGUGGUUUGCUUGCGCUGGAUUACAAAUAGCCUACGCAUCGUUGAAUGUGUGAAUGGAGAUUGCUUGUGGCGAUUCCGUUGCCAACAAGGUUUUUGUUGGGAUCAAUCAGACUAGAGAAUCGGAUAAUGGUUGUUUAGAUUUGAUGUAAGAGGGCUUAGGUCGUAAUCAAAUAGAGCUUUAAUUGGUCAGUUGCUUGCAUUUUUCAUUGCGAUAACUAGUAGAUGAGUAAUUAAGUGUAAUGAAUCUAGCCAUUAGUGCUUGCUUUAUGGUACUGCAAUCAACACAACACGG